AUGUUCUCACCCAUCUUUGACUCAUCCUUCUCCAUGGACAGCAGCACCACCAACAACAACAACGAAACCGAGAGCGGAUUCCUCAGUGCGAAACUGACGUUGGACAUGAGCUUCAACCGCAAUCCAGAAGGAAGAUUUGCCUGCGACGAUGUCGAUCCCUUAGAGCAACAAGGCCCAGACUUUGUCCAGCCCACCCCGAGCUUCGGAUCGAUUGCCGAGGAGUAUUCCGGCCUGGAAGGAUUGCUGGAGGCCUGGAAGUUCCCCCUGAGGACCGACUUUGCUCGCGGGAUCAUCUGGGGCCCGUUCCGCCACUACCGUGGAAACUCCUACGCCGAGCUCGCUUCGCCUGAGACGGCCAUCGAAAACCUGCGCUCGUACGCCGAACAUGCCAUGUUCCCCGCCCGGAUCCCUCAGGCUCCCGUCCGCCGCCAACGCAUCUUCCCUAUCCUCAGGGCCCCUCAACCUCAACAACAACAACCACAAUCCACUCCCUCCUCAAUACCCACCACCUCUGCGUCGACCACCACCAAAUCAUCCUCCAAACGUCGUCGAAGACCUUCCACCACCUCAUUCAUCAUUCCCCGCGAACCCCGGCCGUCAAGAGCCGCUGCCAUCAAGUCUGCUCAGCUCCAACUCGCCGCGAGGACCGCCGCCCAGAAACCGCUCUCCUCCUCCUCCCGUCGUCCUCGUCGUCCCUCGCCCCCUCAACCUACCAGCGCCAACAAGAAACCCAAGUUCAUCCACCUCGAAAUCGCCGUCCAGCCCAGCCCCAAAUCUGACCUCCCCAUUCGAAGAAUCAGACUCUGUGCUACCAGUCUCCUCAAAUACGGUGAUCUCUUGUAA